AUGAUGAAGAAGAAAACCUAACUAGAGGAGGAGAAAUCAGUCUCAAACCUCAGCUAUGAUAAAUAUGAUAAAGAGUACUAAGACAACAGUGGAGAAGAAGAGGGGGAUGAAGAGUCAGUUGAGCAGGCUAUUAAAUCUGAGGAUCUUAUUUUCAGACCUGAGAGCAAUUUAAGAUAAUGGCUUAAGAAGCGUGGGAAAGAGCAUUGCAUUGACUUUGACGAUGAAGAAUUAAAGCAACUGAGAAAUUACUUCAAUUCAUUAGAUGAGGAUGGCUCAGGCUCUAUAGGAGUGGACGAACUUGAAGAUCCUCUAAUUGCAUUAGGUUUAGUUGAGAACAGAUAAUAAGUUUAAGAAAUUGUAGACUUAGUUGACGAAGAUGGCUCUUAAUAAAUUGAAUUUGGAGAGUUCUUAUCCAUUAUCAAGGGUGGUAGUAAUGCAAUGUAGUCAAAAGAAGGUCAAAAUGCAGGUGGUGGCACUGGUGCUAUUUAUCAGUUCUUUAAGAAGUUAACUAGUGGAUAGCUUAAAGUGGAGGAAAAUCCAUAUAUACCCUUCUCAUUGUUUAUUAGUAGUUAUAGACGCAGAAAAAUCUUAGAUGCCAUGAUGAAUCCUAACAAGUCCAAAAAAGAGGAAGGCGAUAAAAUUCUUAAUAAUUACAAAAAAUAAAUAGCAGAGAAAAUGGCUAGGGAGAAGGCUGAAAGAGGAGAAACUCUAAGUUCAGCAACUGGUUCUAGAAAGAAAACUUUCAAUAAAAGCUCAUUUGAGGAUGAUGAAGAUGCUGGAUAUGGUAUGAGAAUGGGAGAAGGGGGAGGAAAUGAACCACCUGAACCUGAGGUUUUACUCUCUAUACUACAUAGAAGGACUAAAAAAUGA